AUGCCACCAACGUUAGUCACUAAUGGCAGGCAAUAUCGGAUCAAUAUUCAGACAGUCACUGUGAGGUUCAGGGGAGGGGAAGAUAGGUCCACCCUAAGCCUGAGAACGUCUGAGGGGGCAGGUGGGCGGGACCUAUCCGCCCUCGCUUCCUCCGGGCCCCGCGCCCCGCCCGAGAACGCGCUGCGCCGCUUGACCCCGCCGCUACGCCGUAGGCCGGGCUGCGCGUCAGCCGUCGCGAUGGCGGACGUGUCCGAGAGGACGCUGCAGGUGUCCGUGUUGGUGGCCUUCGCCUCGGGAGUGCUCGUGGGCUGGCAGGCGAAUCGGCUGCGUAGGCGCUACCUGGACUGGAGGAAGAAGAGGCUGCAGGACAAGCUGGCGGUGACGCAGAAGAAGCUGGACCUGGCCUGAGACCGCAGACCCCACGCGGCCACCUCGCCUCGCCAUGUCAGCGGGAGCGCCGGCCUGCGAGCCGGAGUCGGGGCCGGUCCACACUCCCCUGGCGAGCCGGGCUCUCCCCGGUGUCGCUGAGAGCUUGUCGAGGAUGGAUGUUAAGCACUGAAGUUCUUCUUGCACCUUAUUGAUUAGUUUUAUUUUUAAAAUAAAAAAGUAAAACAUUGAACUUC